AUGGCGUUGGGACGGGAACGAAAGAAGGUUGCUCGGCUUCAUCUCAUUGACAACGUUUUAGGUUUGGAAGAAGCAGAGAAAUUCUUCGAAACCAUUCCCCAAGACAAGAGAGAUGACUCUGAUCUCUACACAACUAUCUUAAGCUUCUACACAAGAUCUGCGAAAACUCUGGAAAAAGCUGAGUUAAUCUUCCAUAAGAUGAGGAAGCUCGGGUACCUAUCGAAACCGUGUCCGUUCAACCACAUGAUGUCUCUCUACAAUCAGAUAGGUAAGCGAGAUAUGGUCCACCAGAUUCUGAGCCAAAUGGAGAAGAACAAUGCCAAGUCAGACAAUCGCACGUUAAACAUUAUACUGGGGCUAUUAGCAGAAUCUCAUAGCUCAACAUUGGAUUGGCGCAUGAGCUGCGAGAUGGCAAAAACUUACCUAAAACAAGGAUUAGUGGUAGAGGCCAUAAAGAUGUUGCGUAGAGCCGAAGAAUCAGUAGUAGAUCCCGACUCGAAGAAGUUAGUUUAA